GAAGUGACUUUUCAAGUAUUCCAUGAUAUUCUGGAGUUAGGCCCACCUGGCAGGCUCCAGAGCUUGCUGAAAGCGGUGGCCGUGGCGAUCGCAACGCAGCGGCGGCAGAAGAUUUGCGAGUGUUGUGCCUUGACAGAAGAUCGCCUUUCCUGGCUCGCUCGCAGACAGCGGAUGGAUGUGUUCGAGGAGUCCGUAGAUCUUCUCGGCCGGCUUCUGAAGGAGGCAGCGGAGCCGAAAUCCCUGGACAGCCCCUGUGCGGGUGGCCGGUUCGGCUCGACCAUCAUCCGUUGCUUUUGCAACCAGACUAUCCACCAGCUGGCUGAAGAUCUCAGUGGAAGCGACUUACCCUUUGAGUUCCACAAGCUCACGACAGGCUUAAGUUCGCAGCAACGAACCAAGGUGCUCAGGGCCUACAUGACCUUCAGAGGCGACCGGGCCGCCAUGUGCGUUCUGCGACGGGGCAGAGAGGGCUUGCUGGAACGCGGCAACCCUCUGGGUAGGCCUCAUAUCCUCGCGCUUGUGUCCCGGUUCGUGACGCGCCACCAUGUGCUGCUUGCAGACGGAUCCAUCGAUGUCGGCAUUGAGUCUCUUCACCGCUGCACAGACAGCGUGGUCUUGCAGCAGCUGCCGGUGCUCCGCGAGUCUGCAACUAGCAUGUGA